AUGGAGGCGAAUGGAAGACUGGAUCAGCACCAACAAGUCAGAAGACAAAGAAUGGACACAUUCCAGGAUGUAUUCCAGAAGGUGGAGAAGAUUGGAGAGGGCACCUAUGGAGUAGUAUAUAAGGCCAGAAACAAGCAGACAGGACAGUUAGUUGCUCUGAAGAAGAUCCGUCUGGAUUCGGAAACAGAAGGAGUCCCCAGUACAGCAAUCAGAGAAAUCUCUCUGUUGAAAGAACUGAAACAUCCAAACAUAGUGAGGCUUCUUGAUGUGGUACACAGUCAGAAGAAACUUUAUCUGGUCUUUGAAUAUCUGAAUCAAGACCUUAAAAAGUAUAUGGAUUCAUCCCAUACCGGGGAGCUGCCUCUAAGUUUGGUCAAGAGCUAUCUUUACCAACUGCUACAAGGAGUGAGCUUCUGUCAUUCCCACAGAGUCAUCCACAGAGAUCUAAAGCCUCAGAACUUGCUUAUAAAUGAAAUGGGAGCUAUUAAACUGGCUGAUUUUGGUCUAGCUAGAGCCUUUGGUGUUCCACUCCGUACUUACACUCAUGAGGUUGUAACCUUGUGGUAUCGGGCUCCUGAAAUUUUAUUGGGUUGCAAAUACUACUCAACAGCUGUAGAUAUCUGGAGCAUUGGCUGCAUAUUUGCAGAAAUGGUGUCCAGAAAAGCUCUGUUUCCUGGAGACUCUGAAAUUGACCAGCUCUUUCGGAUUUUUCGUACUCUUGGUACACCUACUGAAUCAUCAUGGCCAGGAGUGACUCAGCUUCCUGACUACAAAGCGAAUUUCCCCAAAUGGCCAAGAAAAGACAUGAAGGUGGUAAUUCCAAACUUGGACCGAGAUGGACGAGACUUACUGGUUCAACUAUUACUGUAUGAUCCCAACAGGCGCAUCUCAGCCAAAGCCGCUUUGACUCACCAGUAUUUCUGGCAGUCUUCACGGGAUAACAAAGAGCAAUGUGUGGUAGAGAGGUAUGACCAAUGA